ACCCCACUCCCGGUGACGUCCAUUUCAGUCAAACUCCGUGGUGAUGUCCAUUUCAGUCAAACUUCGGUGACGACGAACAGUCCACACAUCCGGCAAUCAUGCAUCCAUGCUUGAAUGCCCCGUCUCCCGUGUGUGCUUCUUCAAUCUCCGCCUUCAGGAGCCCACUUCAAUCUUCCAUCCUGUUGUAUGAAGAUCGACUGAUGCAUCUGUUUCGUGUCCCGGUGGCCGCCGCCGUACUCUGUGCAGCCACAGUACUGCUAAGUGCUGUUCUUGCCAGCCACGCCCUAAGCACCACCUCGCCCCCGACGUUUCCUUCAUCGUCCACCUCCUGCGAGCCGGCGACGUGUGGGGGCCUGCGCAUCGAGUACCCGUUCUGGCUCGGCGGCACGCACCCGACAGAGUGCGGCUACCGCGCCUUCCAGGUCACGUGCGACCGCAACGGCACAGCCUCCCUCAGGAACUCCUUCUGGACGGACCAGAUCCUGGAGAUCAAUUACGGAGACAACAACGGCACCUUCCGGAUCACCAACGCCCAACUCUCCGACGGCACCUGCGACAACGAGCUCCGCGUGAACGCCUCCUCCGACCUCGGCCUCGCGCCCUUCACCAUCAGCGCCGCCAACCAGGAGCUCUUCUUCCUCUACAACUGCACAGACCUUCAGGCACAGCCGCCGCCGCUUGCUUGGGCGCCCAUUAACUGCACAAAUGCCAACGCGUCCACAUUCAACUCGUUCGCGUUGCUCGCCGGCGGGUACAAGCCCGACGACAAAUGGGAGCCGGUGCCGGGGAGCUGUACUGUGUCGAUGAUGCCGGUGCUGGGGUACCCUGGGGCGACCGGGGCGGACUACCGGCGGCUGAUGAAGAGCGGGUUUCUUCUCGAGUACACGGCCGACGACUGCAGGGCGUGCGAGGAGAGUGGAGGGCUUUGCCGGAUUAACACCGACCUCGAUAUCUUCGAUUGCCGCUGCUCUGACGGCGUGUCUGACUUCAUCAUCUGUGAUAGUUCAGGUAGCAAGGGGACUAGCAAGAAGAUUAUUCUAAUAGCUGUGACAUCAGCCGCUGGAGCCUUGCUCUUUACAUGUAUUUAUGUCCUGGUAUGGCGCAAAAAAGGGAAAAGACUAAGGUUUCUCCUUUGCAAGAAGACUAGCAGCAACACCGAAAAGAAUUAUGAGGCCAUGAUAGUAUCCUACGGAUCCCUAGCUCCAAAAAGAUACAUGUAUUCAGAGGUAAUGAAGAUAACAUCUUCUCGCAACGAUCAGCUUGGAAAAGGAGGUUAUGGUAUUGUUUUCAAAGGAAGACUGCCUGGUGGUCGUCUGGUCGCAGUAAAAUUCUUGCAUGACUGCAAAGGAAAUGGGGACGAGUUUGUUAAUGAAGUUAUGAGCAUUGGCAGGACCUCUCAUGUUAAUGUUGUUAGCUUAUAUGGGUUUUGUUUGGAGGGAUCAAAGAGAGCUCUUAUAUAUGAGUACAUGCCCAACGGUUCCUUGGAUAAGUACAUUUAUUCAGAGCACCCCAAAGAAAUUUUAGGAUGGGAGAGGCUUUAUGGGAUAGCAAUUGGGAUUGCUCGUGGCCUCGAAUACUUGCACCAUAGCUGUAAUACACGUAUCGUCCAUUUCGAUAUCAAGCCCCAAAAUAUCCUUCUAGACAAAGAUUUUAGCCCAAAGAUUGCUGAUUUUGGUCUAGCUAAAUUGUGUCAUACAAAAGAGAGCAAGGUUUCAAUGACUGGUACUAGAGGAACAAUUGGAUUCAUCGCCCCAGAAGUCCACUCGCGAACCUUUGGAGUGGUUUCAACAAAAUCGGAUGUUUAUAGUUAUGGAAUGAUGCUUCUAGAGAUGGUUGGAGGUAGGAGAAACGUAAAAUCAAUUGUUGCAAAAUCCAGCGAAAAGUAUUUUCCAGACUGGAUUUACGACCACUUUGCGCAAGAUGGAUUACAAGCAUGUGAAGUCACAUCAGAAAUUGAGGAAAUGGCAAGAAAGAUGACCUUAAUUGGACUAUGGUGCGUACAAAUAUUGCCUGCAUAUCGCCCUACCAUAACCAAAGUUCUAGAAAUGUUUGAGAGAGGCUCAGAGGACAUGGACAUGCCACCGAAGCAAAACUUCUCUGGAUUGCUUGAAAGUUCAGCUCACAAUAUGAAUGUUCAAAGUUUAAGUUCUACCAGAUCCGAGGAGAUCGGCCUUGUGAAUUCAGAAAUUCUACAAGAAUCGCCAACUCUUUGAGGAGAUAGGCCGUGUGAAUCAAAGAACCUACAUUCAUUUCAACACUGUGAGAUGGUGGCCCUGUACUAGAGUACAUUAAGAAUUGAACAAGCGCAGCGAAAUUCGGCAUUGUAGUAGAACAUAUUCCAUGUAUGCAUGACCUAGAGUCAAGAGCAUCCACAUGCCAGCGUCCUAAGUUACAGACCACAGAAGGAAUAACAUUAAUUCUGAUGAGUGUUGUGUUCCAAAUGCUAAAAGGCAUCAGAGGAACACAACUACCAAGGACUUCUUGACUGUAGAUUUCCCCCAAAAUUGUUCCAUCAGAUGGAUCAUCCCUAACUGCCGCCAUAGUGAUUGGUUGUUGCGUAUUA